AUGGCAAACAAGGGCAAAGGCAAAGGCCGCGACUCGCGCCAGUCGCGAAGUCGCAACACAACACCCAGCUCCGGCCUGAGCGCAAGCACGACGACCGCCGCUUCAAUGGCUCCUGGCUAUCUCGAUAACGAAUUCGCGAAACUCUUCGCCGGAGUUACCGUGCAAUACUCAGAUCUUCUCGAGCAAUCCGGUGGAGGUGGCAAUAUUCCAGAUAUCAAAACCCUAGAACUCAUAAGCGAGAAUCUGAAGACGCUCAGUCAGCUAGCUGACUCGCGGGGCGAUACGUGCAACGCCGGAAUGCGAGAGCUCUCACAGCGAAAGAAGGACGUUAUCGAAGAUCAACACCAACAGGAACUGGAGCGGGAGGCGGAGGAUAGAGUGAAAAUGAAACGGGAAGCUGACGAUGACGAAGAGACGAGUAGGGCGUUCAAGGGGAAUAAAUUGAAGAAGCGCAAGGAACGGCCCCCAAAAGAGGAUCGCCCUCUUGCUGUUGGCGCUCAUGAAGUUUCUCGUCAAGAUGGUGGAGAGCUCGGAGACCGCAAGCGCAGUCGCGAAGCUACCUCUCCAUCGUCUAAAAAGUCUCGACAUACCGCCGCUACAGGUAGCACAUCGUCGCUUUCACCUCCGUCUUUAGCUUCACCGACUAUCAAAGAUGAGGAUGCGGUGGCUGAGGACUCUGAAGAGGAUAGCGAUGAUUCUCAUCAACCAGAACCCGCUCAACUAGUCCCUCAGUUCCAAGUAUUUGGGCCAGACCCAUUGAAAUUCGAUGAUCCGACAAUCUAUCACAUUCGCGAUGUGACUCCUGAAACUACAGAUGAUAUGAAGAGGGAGAUUUACAGCGUGGCGCAUUUCCCGCCUAGUGACCUACUGCAUAUGAUGGCAGGAGUUCCUCCGGAUAAAGAUUUUAGUAACGCGAAGCCGACUAAUCAAGUCAAUGCCAACACUUUUCUUACCUGGGUUGACCCCUUUGUUCGUCCUCUGACUGAGGAGGAUAUUGCUUUUUUGAAAGAAAAGGGCGACCGCACAACCCCGUUUGUAAUGCCACCUCGUGGAAAGAAGCACUACACCGAGAUAUGGGCGGAGGAGGAUGGUGCAAUGAGCAUUGACAACCCCAACGAAAAAGACAAACUUCCUUUGAACCAGGGCCGAGGCAAUAUCGACCAAAUUACAGAUGAAGUCGCAGAGACAGACAAGGUCUCAGUGGCACCGCUCGUCAGCCGUCUAUAUUCUCUUUUACGUUACGAACAUCGAGUAGACCCGGAUGAGACCAACGCAAAUGGGACGACAAACGACACAUCGAUGAACGGGCUUCUCGGAGGCGACUCAUUCAUGGACUUGGAUCACCCGCUCGGCGAACCCGAGACAAAACCUCAACCAUCUGCAACUUCUUUUCCUGAUGCCUCUCCCAACGGCUUCAAGGUCCCCGCAGCGAAAUUGGAGCAUGCACAGUUGGAUGAACGACUAAAAGCUGAACUGCGCUACGUCGGCUUUUUGGGGGCAGAAGACAAUCCCGACUUUGACGCUCAUUACGACGACGAUAUUGCGCAGCGACUACGUUUAUUGCAGGGCGAGCUCAAGAAACAAAUGCUCACAAACGGAGCGCGCAAGACACGUCUUUUAGAAAUUGCCAAGGAACGCAUGGCCUAUCAAGAAUACAGCACAAUCCACGACGAUCUAGACUCCCAAGUCCAACAAGCGUACCUCAAACGCACACGCACGCUAGGCAAAAGCAAAAAGGGCUCGCAAGCCAAGCAUCGGCCCGGCGGCGCAGGUGGCGGUAGUCACAUCGUCAGUGCCGCGGGAGUCGGACGACCUGGUAUCGGCGAUAUGGCUCGUACACUCAUGGACCGUCGCAAGCGUUGGCGUGACUGUAUUGGGCCUGUGUUCAAGGAUAGCAAGACUACUGUUCCUUCGAAGGAGGAGAGUAUCUUUGAUCCUGUCACGAUGGCCGAGUAUGAAAAGGCUGAAUUGGAGGGGUGGGAUGAGGAGCAGGAAUAA